GGGAGCGGAACAAUAAACGACGUGUGGGAAACAAGUCGGCUGCAACAUUCCGGCUGCGCAGCUGAAGCCUGCGACGGGAAGCAGCUCGCUGAUUAUCCUGCAGCUGGAAGCGAGAACCGUUGUAAAAACACCGCCCAACUGGAUAUCGCUCACUGCCAGUUAACUGGUGAAGCUGGGGAAGAGGAUUCUGAACAGACUGCAGACUAAGUUGGAGGCAGCCUGUGAACAGAAGCCCUUGGACCUUGACUACAUUGGUUCUACUUGUGAUAGUUCGAUGUCACUGAUCAAUUUCGUCUCAGAACACGUGUACAUUCCACCAGAGGUACAUGAAGGUCUACAGCACCUUAUUGAUCUCAUCGACUCUGAAAAGGGCUGCAGAAAAAGGAAACCCAUUAGAGUCCGGAGGACUACUGGCAAACACGGCUGCCCCAAACUCUGCGUUUCCCGAGAGCACCUGCAGGAGCUUAUCGCGCUGGAUAUGACUAUCCCCUGCAUCUCCAAGAUACUGGGAUUAUCGGUGAAAACAGUCAAGCGUAGGAUGGAGGAGUGGGGCCUCAGAAUUAAAGAAAGCUACAGUUCAUUGACUGAUGAUGAGCUCGACAAAUUGGUGUCAGAAAUCAAGCAGGAGUCAAAAAAUAUGGGCAUUCGAGCCGUGAGGGCCCAUCUGAGGGCGCAGGGCCACAAGCUGCAGCAGACCAGGGUGCUUGGCUCCAUGCGCCGUGUGGACCGCGAUGGAAUGGUGGCAAGAAAUGUAUCCGUGAGAGAAAGCCGCAUCAUUUCGGCCCCUCUUUUACUGCUAGAGAUCGACACCAACCGCAAGUUGAUGAGGUACGGUGUGGUUUUAUUUACUGGGAUGGACGCGUUCUCCAGAAAGAUCUUGUACCUCAGAGCAGUCAACAACAACAAGCCGUCCACGGCUCUGAAAGUCUUCCUUGACGCUGCAGACAAGCACGGCUUCCCCUCCAGAGUCAAAGGGCCUCAAGCAGCUGAAAACCUGGAUAUUGCUCGCUGCAUGUUUACAGCUCGAGGCUGCAAAAGGAGAAGCUUCAUCUCUGAGAAAAGUGCCAACAAUCCAAAGACAGAGCAGCUGUGGUGUGAGGUUUCCUCUAAGGUCUUGGACGACUACUCCCGGGUCCUCAACAGCCUGGAGGGAGACGGCCUGCUGGAUCCAAGGAGCUCUACUCACCUUUUUUGUGCACAGUACGUCUUUUUGCCCCGAGUCCAAGCCGAGUUGGACACAUUGACAGAGGAGUGGAACAACCAUCCACACCAAACGGAACACAGCUGCACUCCUAACCAGCUGUGGGAGGCUGGAAAGCCUCCGCGCCCUGAUACCCCGCCGUGCAGCACAGAGGGUCGUCCAUGGUCGGAUAUGAUAACGUUGGCCAGGAGCUGCAGUGAGGGCGAGGUUCCAGAUGUGCCGUCUCCACUGGACAACGAGGAAAUGGAAACGCUGGCUUCAAUUUUUAGUCCUGUCGCUCCUUCUUUGUGUUACGGCGCAGAUGUUUAUUGUGCUGUUGUCCAGUAUGUUGAGGGUGUCGUCAGCUCGAAUCAGGAGUCAAACGACGGAUGUGACAAAAUCCCCUUACAGACCUGUGACAGCCUCAGUUCCUCUAUAACCGUGGGAGUCGAUUAAAUGAUGUGACUUUGUACAACA